GCAGCUUUCAUACAAAACAUAGUCGCCUCUCCUCCCCCCGCCCUUCCAUUUCUUUGCACGCAUGCGGAGCUUUUCUCCUGCUGAGUACACUUAUAAGUGCUGAGGAGAAGUAGUACAUCAGCACAGAGAAACGCCAGCAGCCCAGACGCUUCAGAUCAGCGCCGCUCCCUCCCUUCUCAGUCGGCCCAUGCCUGAAGAAGAAGGGCUGGGCUGAGGCGUGGCUAAGUGGCGCCAUCUCCCCGCGCCGGGCGCUUGCAGAGAGGCUGCAAUGGUGGCUCGAGUUUGUGUCUGGGCGCUGCGAACCGCAGUCUCUUGUAGAGGCGAUGCGGAGAGGCGGGCAGCCCUGCGAUGGCUUUCUCCGGCCUGCGGAGGAGCUGCGAACUCGCAUUUCUCCGAUCGCUUUCGGUCAUCCGAUAUGAAUGAUGUACCCCUAAAAGAUAAACGGAACAAAAUCAUGUCUAGAGGAUUACCAAAACAAAAGCCAAUUGAAGGAGUUAAGCAAGUGUUAGUAAUAGCUUCUGGGAAAGGAGGUGUUGGAAAAUCAACAACUGCAGUAAAUGUAGCUCUUGCAUUGACUACAAAUGAUCCGACAAAAGCUGUUGGUUUGCUGGAUGCAGAUGUAUAUGGGCCUUCCAUUCCAAAAAUGAUGAAUUUGAAAGGGAGUCCAGAAGUGUCAUCAAAGAACUUAAUGAGACCUCUUGUCAAUUAUGGAAUUGCAUGUAUGUCUAUGGGUUUCUUGGUAGAAGAAACUGCACCUAUUGUCUGGAGAGGCCUCAUGGUGAUGUCAGCUGUAGAGAAACUGCUGAGGCAGGUUGACUGGCAGCAACUGGAUUAUCUGGUAAUUGACAUGCCUCCGGGAACAGGGGAUGUACAGUUGUCAAUCUCACAGAAUAUCCCAAUUGCAGGGGCUGUGAUUGUGUCCACUCCUCAGGAUAUAGCUUUACUGGAUGCCCGUAAAGGAGCUGAGAUGUUUAGAAAAGUGAACGUGCCUGUUCUGGGUCUUGUCCAAAACAUGAGUGUUUUCCAGUGCCCAAAAUGUAAUCAUGAAACCCAUAUUUUUGGAACUGAUGGUGUGAGAAGCCUAGCAAAUGAUCUUGGUCUGGAUGUUUUAGGAGAUAUUCCAUUGCAUCUGAACAUAAGAGAGACCUCUGACAGUGGGAAGCCAGUUGUAGUGUCACAGCCUGAAAGCAGCAUGGCCCAAGCCUAUUUGAAGCUCGCUACUGAAAUAGUGAGAAGAUUGCCAGUUUCUCCAACUUGACGUCACCUUUUGUGGAUCUGUGAUUGGAGUUUUACCUGUGAAGCAUGCCAUAGAAUAACGGAAAGAAAACAGUGUUGUACUAUAAAAGCAAGCAUAUUUUGUAUUUAAGAAUAAACCCUCCCAUUUUAUAUUA